UAUUGGAUGUCGGAUCGUCGAACAUCGGACGCAAUGUGAAUCCUCCAUUACUUCAACAGUUCAACACGUUUAGUCCACGUGGAAGCAAGCAGGUCCAGUGGAAAAAUGUUGUCGCAACGUGGUACGUGCCGUACGUGGUCAAACGGUACGCUUCCUUCACCGCUUCAACACGUGGAAACAAGAAAAUAAACUCUCUUACAAAGAGAGAACAUGACAUCCAAUUAUCAUUCUUCACAUUGCGAUAGUGAUGUCCAAUAUCCUUAUACUGACAGAGUAGUGGUAGGAGAGGAUUAUGUUGAUUUCAUAUAUCAAUUUGUGAAGGACAGCAAUAUAUCCGCAAAAAACUGUACGAAUACUACUAGCAUAAGUAAUAUUCGUAAUAAUAUAAUAGGAACACCUCGCAAUUUUCCAAACCAUGAAAAUUUUCUUAUGAAGAAGUAUGAUUUCGAUAUUUCAAUAUCUCCAUGGCAGAAACAAGUGCCAUAUACUUUUGCAUCACAGCGUUUUAGAGAUACUUAUUAUCAUGAUAUUGAUCUUGAAUUUCAUGAAGCUGUAUAUCCAAUCCGAGUCUCUAUAUAUGAAGUAUAUAAUUAUGGGAACGUAACUGAAGUUUGGGCCCAAGAUUCUGAUGAUGAGAGUCGGUGGCUUCCAUUGUGGGGUGGAGACCCUCAGUUCUACGGAAUUUCUGCAUCCUAUAGACGCAGACAUGCGGAAUCACGGAUAUUUUCCCCGUUUUUACGGUCUCGUAACCAAAGGUUUAAAACCAAAAAGCUUAGACUACAAUUUAUAUCCAACUCUUGCACACAGCUAGAUGCUGUGUUGCUGAUCGGUACAUCAAAAUUGAUUUUACCUAAAAAUCCUGAAGAUGAGAGUUUAUCUGAACUGUUACAUCGCAUUUGGGUACAAAGACAUUCUUGCUCGAGUUAUUGUAUUUGUUGUUCUGAACAAAAACAAAAUGACUUUCAAAAGAAAGAUGCUUGGAACAUGUAUCUAUUGGAGGACUUUUAUAAUACAACACGUGAUUAUGAAAAUGCACACUCGGAUAUACUUGAUCUUCAAAAGGAAUUUCCUAAAUAUUGCGUUAUUUGUAAAAGCGAUGUAGCAACGAGUUUUCACAAGAGUAAGCUCGCGCACAAGCAAGUAUCUCGAGAGGAAGAUGUGCCAUCUUCUAAGCAGGGACAUGUGAAUCACCCUUUAUUAAGAAAUCAUUGGAAUUAUGUAAAAUUUAUAGAAGAUAUCAAACUCUCUUCGGGAGACUCCAAGGAGCAACUUGACAGUUUUUCUGCGUUUUCUGAUGAAAUAAUACUAAUGAUAUUAAAAUACUUGGAUAUGAGGUCGUUUUGCCGUAUGAGCAAAGUAAAUAAACGUCUCAAUAAUUUAACACAGGAUCCUUUUCUCUUUAAAUGUUUGAACUUGCGAAAUUUAAGAAAAGAGUACUCUAGGGAUUCAUCCUUUUGUUAUGAUAAAAUUCUGUCUUAUUUUGCAUCCAAAUGUAAAUAUUUACAACAGUUGGAUCUUACAGCGAGCUGUAUUUCUGCUCCGGAUUUCGUAAACUUUCUUCAGAGUUGCGGCGAUGGUUUAACGCACUUACGAUUAAAUAGCUGCAAUUUUGUUGACAAAUUAUCUAUAUUAAAAAUUUCAGAGAUAUGCAAAAAUUUGAAAGUAUUGGAUCUCAGUUAUUGUACUCUGGAGGGAAUGGACCAAGAAGUUUUGAGUCUCGGAAAUCUAGAAUUUCUAGAGAAAUUAGACCUUGAAUGGUGCGGUAUAAGAGCUGAAUCUCUUUGCAAAAUACUGCAAAAAACUCGCCGGAUGCGUCACUUAAAUUUGAACAUGCUGUCUUUUUCGCACGAUGAUAGAAGAUUAUUACAUUUAGACGCAAUCACAAUACAGUUAAGAAAUUCGUGUCCAGACUUGGAAAUAAUAGAUUUAUCGGGCAAUAUUAUUACAUCGCAAGGUAUUCAUGCCCUCGCUGAAUGCAAGAAUUUACGAAAACUGACAAUGAUGGAGAUAAACAUAUUCGCACCGGCAGGAUAUUGCAUAAUCGAUAAGCAUAGCUUGCAUAGAUUGUUUUCCUCCUGUCAACGCUUAGAAGAAGUCAAUUUGAUGGAUCUCAAUUCUGUGUACUAUCCCAAUAAUUUCUACGUCCACGAUGACGAUCUGACACUGUGUAAAAACUUAAGACAAUUAUACUUGUGGGGUAUAUCUAGUUUCGCAAUUCUUGAGCAGUGUCCUAAACUACAAACAAUCUACGUUCUGCGGGACGGGUCCAUCGCCAUGCGUGAUGGCCAGGCGUUCGUUGCUCAGGCGAAGGAAAAAUAUCCACACGUGUCCAUCCUUAAAUAUCAAAAGCAAUUCGAUCUUGAUGAUAAUGAUGAGGGAUAUUAUGAUGAUGAAGGAAGGUGGCAGUCUUACCAAUUUGGCUGAAAUUUAACAAUAUAUUAUGUAUUUUGGCGUGUUAAAUUCGAAUAUAAAAGCUAAAAUCGUCGCUAUCAAGUAGAAACAAAAGUUAUAAACUACUAAAAGUGACAAUUUUCGGGUUAAGAAAUAUUCUAUAUCGACAUCAGGGUAUGUACAGGUACAUACAUGAGCAUCAGAGAAAGCAUGCGCAGUGAUGUAAAAGUGCACAAAAUUUGAAAUAAAUAA